AUGGGUAACUUCUUUUCCGCCCUCAUCAAACCUAAACCAAAAAAACGCAGCAAAUGGCAGAUAAACUACGAUAUGCACAUUAACAUGCAAGGAACGAUGAAAAUGGAUAGUGAUGACGUCUCCUUGUGGAUCGAGUGUACCGGCAAACUUGAUUCUGUACUCGCCUCUAUUCGAAACCUUCAACGCCUUUGUGCACAACAAGAGUGGUAUAUUUGGCGUGGACCAAUGAAUGAGAAACUUCGUAUUGCAAUGGUUUACGCAAUGCUCGCUCUCAGCACGGAAUACCGAGCAUUUUUCAAAAAGAACAAGAUUGAUCCGAAAAGAAACAAACGAUGCACGGAAAUUCUCAGAAAGAGCUACUUUCGACUUUACGACAUGAAAGGUACAAUGGCUGACUUGAAGGACUCCUACUGCAGAACUAAAUUGCAUAAUAUGUAUAUCCUUGAUUUAAUGCUUAAGGAUCAUAUCAAGGCAGUGAAUAAGCUUAUCGAGUUGUGCCCACAGGCUACUGUUAAAAAGUCUUAA